AUGCAAGUUAUCAAGGACUCUCACUGGGUCACCAAAAAACAGUACCCCUUAUUUCGCAUGCCUAAUGAACAGGACUAUUCCAUCGGUAAAAAUUCCCAGUGGUUCAUGGACAUGUCACUUCUUGUGUCAUACUACUCUGCCCUUGUAACUAGUCCAUUCGAUAUGUUCUGGUCUGAGGUAAUGCUAAUAUUUAUUCCUUCAGUGAGUGGCCGUUCCUCUAGGUUUAAAAUUGAUUUGCUUAGAGAUAUAAAGUCAACCUCGAUUCCAAACGACUUUUUGAGCAUUAUCAAGCAGAUAUAUGCUCUUGUCCUUUUGAUUCAUGUGAGAGCUUCUAGAGCCCAUGAAUCAGAUGACAUGUUUUUACGGCCAUUUGAGCAUCGACAGUUUUUACACAAGAACCUGAUUUUUGAUGUGCCUGGCUUAAUUGAUUUUGCUGCACUCUAUGGACACGACUCACCUGACUUAGUUUCUGAUAUUUUUAAAUCGGUGUUUGAAAAUGGCAGUGAAUACAUUAAGGAUUCAGGAAACAUUAUGGAGAGUGCCGUUGCCGCGCUUGAAAUGGUAGGCAAGCGUGUGGGUGAGUGGCAGUUUGAAACUAACCAUCAACCCGUUUCUUCGGACACGGAUGCUUUCAACACGGUGGAAAAAACAAUAGAAUACCUUGCAGAUGCCGGAAAGGCACUGGGAGUUUUCCUGGCGCUCGUAGGCCAAGUAAACUCAUCAGUUGCCGAGACAUGUCUUCAGCUCAAUAUUGUGCCCAAGUUAGCCAACUUCUAUAACACUACAAUCAUUGGCAUCCGUAGACACAUUCUUCGUAACAUAACGUGGACUCAUGAUCAGAAAUCGGAUCUAAUGAGCAAAUUGGCAACGGCAGCAGCUGCCUUUUUGAAGCUGGUACGUGUGGGCAUAAUUGAACCGGCCCUGGUGCAUAAGAUUAUGCAGUUAGCCUUCGAUGCACCUGAUCCGCACCGCGCCGACGCCUCUGCCGUCUCGUCUAAGGCUGAGUCUCUUAAGAAGGCUUCUCACCUCCUGCUUGCCCUCAUGAUGGAAAUGCUCAACUGCAGCGAGUUAGUUUUCGUCAAUUGCUCUUCUACUUAUGUAUCCGUCUCUUCGAUUGCUUGCAGUUCUCUUACAAGCGUUUAUAUGACACUUUAUCGACUUAUUUACAGAUUUGCAAUCGCCUACGCCUCAUUAUACCACGUCGACGACGACAUUAUUUUGCUUCGAGAAACGUCGAAAUCAGGUGACCUGGACAAGCAGCAACUGGACUACAUUCAGCAGUGCUUCUCGCAGUUGACAGCCGAGUCCGUUGGAAGGCGAGAGCAGGCCGUGAAGGUGGAAGUUGCGCCGCCUUCUGUCAGCGCGCUUUUAGGCGACGAUGCCGACGCUGAACCACAGCCUGGUCCUUCACGGCCUCGGGAAUUUCUAGAUGUUAAGGAAGUUUGUCCUGAAACUAACGACGAUCUAAUUGUGCGAUGUCUUGAUUAUUACAAAAAUGACUCUGCGGCUGUAAUCUCCGCGCUCUUGGACGAUAAUGUGCCCCCUGAGGUUAUGGAUCCUGAUGCCGUCAAACAUACCGCGAGUGUGAAAGAAAAUUUGCCGUUGGACGCGUUCACUAGAACGAUGGAUCUGGCAAGUGCGGCGGCGUCUGGCGUCGAACAACUCAGGCCAGGUCAACUGUGGCAGGGCAAGCGCAAUGCCGACGCCGAGACGCAGCCCCUCUCAAAGGAUGACCGAGAUCGUAUAACGCAGUUAGCUGUCAGCGUCUGGGACGAUGAUGAUGAACACUCAGGCGAUUUCUUUGUCCAACCCAACACCAAUGGGCUAGUAGAGACCAUCUAUGACGACGAGUACGACGACACCUACGAUGGCGACGGAGGCAUCGCCUUGGAGCGAGUGGCUGAAGAGGAGGCUGAGGACACUGAACUCAACUUGGCUUUCGGAGGCAUGGCAAGAAAAGAAGAAGGAAAAGAAAAGUUCUCUGAUUCGCCCGACCGGCGCUAUUCCGUCAGAGAGGAUGCGGCUCAGCAGCAGCCAAGGAAAAAUGUGCUGCCAAUUGAGAACCCUGAAGUCGUUCGAGAGAGGAAUCGAGGCUUUGGUCGUAAGACAUCACGCAGAGGUCGCAACGAAGUGUACCAGCAAAUUGAGGUUCCACGACAACCGAUGCCACCGGAGACCGACUAUGAGUUUCACACACGGCUUCCUGACAAUCGAGCGAACGCGGCCAGAGGCAGGGGUUAUGCCAGACCCCCACAAAAUCGGGGGCGGUAUUGCAGUAAUGCUGCACAGAACCGCGUCACGCGACAAGCGGAUGCCACAGAUAAUUCAUACCACAUAAGUCAAGGUUCGGAGUACCCAUCGGAACGAAAAGGGGAGAUAACGAGAACCAACAACACAAACGGCUAUGAUCAUGCUCCACGUGCGGCGCAACACAAACGGGGCAGUUUCCGCGGCGGUGGCGGUGGUAGUCGCAGCGAGAGGAUGGAAGGAGGCCAAUCUAACGAGCUGGCCGAGGACCGAUCCCGAGGCUAUGAAAACCAGGGUGAUCGCUACCACAGAGGUGACACUUCCUAUUCUCGUCGGCUCAAACAGCGCUACGGUGACGCCCACAACCAAAGAAGGUUGUCUGAUAUGAAGCGGAGGCUCUGA